GUAUGCUGUAUGUCGUCCAGGCGGCAGCGUAACUCGUGGUGGUCGGACCCGAGUUCUUCGAGUGGCGAGUCUCGGUGUCGAGCGCGCGCUGAAUGUGUUCGGCGAUUGACGAGUGGUGCUGUGCCACCUGGUCAGCAAGGACUCCAGUUGUGAGAGGAUGGCGUGAGUGUUCUUAAAAACGUACGCGAUGUCGCGUUUAGUCGCAGUAGCUAUCUCGUUGAAGACAUUUGUUGUCUCCAAAGCGAGGCGUUGUCCACCAACCAAGUGGUGUAGAGUGUCGCGUAACGACGCGUCCGCGGGAAGAUGGCGUUGGUCGUGCACAAAGGCGGGCGAAGGUAGCCGUGCGGCGCGGUCAGAGGACGAAAUACUCACCGAGGAGAUGUUGGCGUCCAGCGACGAGGGAGUGACUGAAUCGUCAGACGUCCGCUGGUCAGUUUGGGUGUAUGCGUCAACCAUCUCAGGGAGCUCGUCGUCGGACCCGAGAGAGGAUGCGUGUGGCGCGUUCUGGGGUCGUGUGCUGUGUGGGCCGGAUCGGAGUGAGGGUGCGAUCUGGCCUUGGGCAGUGGAGGCAGAGUCUAGGGAAGACAUGCCAGUUGCGAAAAAAGGGGGGAGUCGAAGAGGUUUGUUGAAAGGGUAGCGUGAGGGGUGUGUGGCGGCCGCGGGGUGAGUGGGUACACCUGGGUACUUGAGCACAGAGCGUCAAGUAGGGUACUGUCGGGGACAGCGGAGUCGACGUCGGAAGGGGGAAAGAGUGUGAUUUGAGGAGACUGAAUGUCCACCAAAUUGUAACAAGACGGG